AUGGACAAACUGGAGGACAUGGCUUCAGUCUACGAGUUCGAUCCAAUCACGGGCAAUAUCCCCGCCACCAAAGUGGAGAUAACCGUCUCUUGCAGGAAUCUUUUAGACAGAGACACAUUCUCCAAAUCGGACCCAUUGUGUGUCCUCUACACCCAGGGAGUGGAGACAAAACAGUGGAGAGAGUUUGGAAGAACAGAGGUGAUUGACAACACGCUAAACCCAGAUUUUGUCAGGAAAUACAUCCUAGACUACUUCUUUGAGGAGAAGCAGAACCUUCGCUUUGACGUAUAUGAUGUUGAUUCCAAAAGUCCAGACCUGUCAAAACACGACUUCCUGGGUCAGAUGUUCUGCACCCUCGGUGAGAUUGUGGGGUCGCCCGCGAGCCGUCUGGAGAAGCCCCUCGGAGGGAUUCCUGGGAAGAAAUGCGGAACCAUCAUUCUAACUGCUGAGGAGCUGGGAAACUGCAGAGACAGCGCCACCAUGCAGUUCUGUGCGAACAAGCUGGACAAGAAGGACUUCUUUGGAAAAUCCGACCCCUUCAUGGUCUUCUACCGGAGCAAUGAAGAUGGAACGUUCACCAUCUGCCACAAGACGGAGGUGGUGAAGAACACGCUGAACCCUGUCUGGCAGUCCUUCACCAUCCCAGUGCGGGCGCUCUGCAAUGGAGAUUAUGACAGAACAAUCAAGGUGGAGGUAUACGACUGGGACCGUGAUGGCAGCCAUGACUUCAUUGGGGAGUUCACCACCAGCUACCGGGAGCUGGCCCGGGGACAGAGCCAGUUCAACGUGUAUGAGGUGGUGAAUCCCAAAAAGAAAAUGAAGAAAAAGAAAUAUGUGAAUUCUGGAACGGUGACGCUACUGUCCUUCUCCGUGGAAUCCGAAUUCACCUUUCUGGAUUACAUCAAAGGAGGGACCCAGAUCAAUUUCACGGUGGCCAUUGAUUUCACUGCUUCUAAUGGUAACCCCUCGCAGUCCACCUCUCUGCACUACAUGAAUCCAUACCAGAUGAAUGCCUACGCCAUGGCGCUCAAGGCUGUCGGUGAGAUCAUCCAGGACUAUGACAGUGACAAGAUGUUCCCUGCCCUGGGCUUUGGGGCCAAGCUGCCUCCCGACGGAAGAGUGUCCCAUGAGUUCCCCCUGAAUGGCAACAUGGAAAACCCCUACUGCAAUGGCAUAGAGGGGAUCUUAGAGGCGUACCACCAGAGCCUGAAGAAGGUGCAGCUCUACGGCCCGACCAACUUUGCCCCCGUCGUCAAUCACGUGGCCAGGUAUGCAGCUGCGGUACAGGACGGCUCGCAGUACUUCGUCCUCCUCAUCAUCACCGACGGUGUCAUAUCGGACAUGGCCCAGACCAAGGAGGCCAUUGUGAAUGGUGCUAAACUUCCAAUGUCUAUCAUUAUAGUUGGAGUGGGGCAGGCCGAGUUUGAUGCCAUGGUGGAGCUCGAUGGUGAUGACAUCAGGAUUUCAUCGAGGGGAAAGCUGGCGGAGCGAGACAUUGUUCAGUUUGUGCCAUUUCGAGAUUACAUGGACCGGACGGGGAACCAUGUGCUCAGCAUGGCCCGAUUGGCUAAGGACGUCCUUGCCGAGAUCCCAGAUCAGUUCAUAUCCUACAUGAAGUCCCGAGGAAUCAAACCCAAUCCAUCCCCACCACCCUACACACCCCCCGGACACACCUUGCACACCCAGAUCUGAGCUGACUGGUUUGAGAAGGCUGGGUGAGAAGAUGGCAGCCCCUCAGAACUCUGGGAAAACACUCGGAACUCGGAACGGAUUUAGACCCGUGUCAGCCGUCCCUUGGAAUUCAGUGAUGUUUGAAG